GCCUUUCGACAGUUCUGUCAGUGGAUUCUCGACGACGCCACGGAAACGGUAUGGUCUGCCGGACCUAGACACGAACCGGUCUACUGGAAAGCCGUUCCGCGAGCAAGAACUCCGGCAAAGGUUUGGGCUGGAGCCCGCAGGAACUGCUGCUGCCGGUGGUGUUACCAUUUCGAUGUCUUCAGUGAGGACGUAUCCAGGAGGACCUCUGACGCAGUGCAGCGUGGAUCGUGAGCCAACUGCUCCGGCCGAUGAGUUCAUGAACCUAUUUGAAGGCAUGGCUGGCUUGCCAAGCUGGCACCUGAAGAUUCUGUCCACUUCACCCCGCCAGCCUACCAAGUGUGUCUAA